GGGUCAGGGCUGCGGCCCGGAAGCGGCGGCGGAGGCGGGGCCCGGUGCCGGGGCCUGUCCGUGUGUCCGGCCCGGGGCUGCCCGGGGAGCGGCCUCUCCCCGCGCUGCCCGCCCGCCCGUGCCCGCAGCCCCGGCAGGGCACGACCAUGGUGCAGAGCCCGCCCGCACGGCAGCGCCGCCGCCUCUGAGCCCCGCCCGGCGCGGGGGCCCGAGCCCCGCCGCGGACGCCGGUGAACAGUCAGAAUAAUGUUCUACAUAAACCUGGUGGAGAACCUGAAGGUUUACGUCAGCAGCCGCCCUCCGCUCGUGGUCUUCAUGAUCAGCGUGAGCGCCAUGGCCAUCGCCUUCCUCACCCUGGGCUACUUCUUCAAGAUCAAGGAGAUCAAAUCGCCAGAAAUGACAGAGGACUGGAACACUUUCCUGCUGAGGUUUAAUGAUUUGGACUUCUGUAUAUCUGAGAAUGAAACCCUAAAGCACCUCCUCAACGACACCACCACUCCGGAGAGCACCGUGACCAGCGGGCAGGCCAGGUCCUCCACGCAGUCCCCGCAGACCCUGGAGGACUCAGGUCCCAUCAACAUCUCUGUCACCAUCACGCUGACCCUGGACCCUCUCAGACCUUUUGGGGGAUACUCCCGCAAUGUCACACACCUCAGCUCCACCAUCUUUGGGCACCAGAUUGGACUUUCAGGCAGGGAAUCCCACGAGGAGAUAAACAUCACCUUCACCCUGCCAGCAGCCUGGAACUCCGACGACUGCGUCCUGCACGGCCACUGCGAGCAGGUGGUGUUCACCUCCUGCAUGACGGUGACAGCAGCCAGCAGCGUGUUCCCAGUCACGGUUCAGCCACCACAUUGUGUUCCUGAGAGCUACAGCAAUGCCACUCUGUGGUACAAGAUCUUCACCACGGCCAGGGACUCCAACACAAAAUAUGCCCAGGAUUACAACCCCUUCUGGUGUUACAAGGGAGCAAUUGGGAAAGUCUACCACGCUUUAAAUCCCAAACUAACUGUUAUAGUUCCAGAUGAUGAUCGCUCCCUAAUAAACCUGCACCUCAUGCACACCAGUUACUUCCUCUUUGUGAUGGUGAUUACAAUGUUCUGCUAUGCAGUCAUUAAAGGCAGACCAAGCAAACUGAGGCAAAGCAACACAGAAUUCUGCUCUGAAAAGGUUGCUUUGUCAGAAGCAUAAAACCCCCCUCUCCUCCUCCCGAGAACGACCGAAACCAUUGCCUGCUGAACCCAGCCUGGGUCUUAACACUCUGUGAAUCCAUUACCUUGCAAUGUUGGUUUAUUCCAACCAAAGACAUUUCAAAGUGCCUGUAAUUGAUUUGUACAUAUUUAUAAAAGCAGAAUAUCCAGAGGAAUUCCCAGGAGACGUGCUGGGCCCGCGGUGGGAGCGCUCCGGCCCUUCCCUGGGCACAGCCCCGUGUUGGUGUAGAUAACUGCAGUGAAAAGAGGCUGAGAUUUUUGUCCAGCUGCACCUGGGCAGGUGAAGAUGCCUUUGCAAGAGUCUCCAACCAAGCGAGAGAUGUUUGGUUUUUUGCCCAAUCUGUACAGUGUGUUUGAACCAAGUAUGCACCUUUGAUAUAAUCCUGCAUUUCCAAAGCCACCAAUCUACAACAUGAAUUCAAUGUGUGUUUGUGUGGCCUAAUACUUUAUUCCAUUUGCUCCUUGCUUGCAAGAAAAGAUAUCAACGUUUUAGAUUUUUUUUUCUCUUUUUUGGAAGAAAAAAAAAUACAUAUUCACAUUUUAAUAGUGCUGUAUUUAGGACAAACUUGUGCUUUUAUUCAUAGUAAAAAUUAAGAAGUGAAGUCCCAUUUUAAACUGUUACUUACUGAAAAGAGCUGUUUGAUUUUUUUGUUUUGGUUUAUUUUUUUGGUUUGUUUUUUUGGUAUUUCAUUUGGCUUGCUGGAUGCCAGAGAACCAGUCAGCACAGAGACUAUCUGGAAAACUUUUCCACUUGGCCUCCCAUCCCCAACCCUCCAGCCAGGAUUGUGUGUCUCUGCUGCAGAGCAGCUUUCUGUAAACUUUCUUUUUUAUUUUUCUUCUUUUUUUUUCCUUUCUUUCUAGAUAGUGAACCUUAAUAAAAAGAUGUAUUGUGUUAACAGCCUGCUGGGGCUCUGCACAACCUUGGGCAAGUGCAAAGAGUGAAAGGAAAAGAAAUGCCAGGGUGUGUUACAGAGCUUCACUCUGGGGCUGUGCCAGCUCUGAGGGGCAGCUGCCAAUGGCCCAUUAAAUCCAUUAAAUUUUCAUUUACUGCUGUCCACUCAGGGGAAAAUGGCCACAAGAGUGGGGCUCUUGUGAGGAAGGUCAAAGAAACCACCCAGUGAAACCCCUUCUGCUCCCUGUGUCCACUCCACGGAGAUUUGGCUCUGUGCAUUUCUCCCUUCCCCAUUCUGCCUUUUGCUGUUUGGUUUUUUUUUCCUGGUUCCUUGAGCAUUCUCCUUAAUUUCAUGGGUCAGGUUGUUCCUGAUGUUUCCACCACUGCUUUUAAGUCUCACUGGUUGCCUUAAUUGACUUUUCAUCUUUUCUCCCAGCUUUCUCACCCGGUGGUGUGACAGCUCUGCACUCGUUCAUUCAUUCCUUCAUCCCCACAGGCUUUUUUUCCUCCUUCUUUUUGCUCCAAACUCCACAGAAGAAAGAAGCCAAGUGGGAAUCUCACAGUCUCAGUGAUGCUGGCUUAAAAUUCCCGGUUUAUUCCCUCCAGACCGCUCCUGGUCUGUGUGUGUUGGGACUUCAGUAAGUUCACGAGUCUUAAGGGUGUUGGAACAGUCACAGUUCCCUUCAGAACACGUUUCCUCCCAGAAUUUCAGUUCCUUAGGUGGGAUCACCUGACUUGUUUUCCUCCAGGGAAUGUUAAGGCAAAGCUUUAGAGAUGGCCUGGUUUGAAGUUUCGGGAUAAAAGAAGCUCCCGGUUUUCUCCUGAUGCUGCUGUGGGCUGAUGCUGCUUCCCUGGGGUGAGGCAGGGAAGGGAGACAGGCUGAGAGCUUCUCCUGAGCUGCUCCUAAAUCCCAGCCUGAGCUGCUCCUAAAUCCCAGCCUGAGCUGCUCCUAAAUCCCAGCCUGAGCUGCUCCUAAAUCCCAGCCUGAGCUGCUCCUAAAUCCCCCAAGCCCAGCCUUCUGUGUUAAUCCUCACUCCAGGAGUUGCUCUGAGGGUGGCUUGAGCUGGGGACCAAAGGCAGGAGCAGGAGAUGGGUUGGGAGAGAGGUCAAAUCCUGGGAAUACCCAAACCCACCCAACAUCACCCGACUCCUUCAGGAAAGCAAAGCAAAUCCUUUCUCCUUCGACAAAUUCCAACUCCAAACGUCCCAGCUGGAAUUUGGGCUCUUGGGGAAACCAUUUGGGAAUGAAAGGAGCCUGCUUGACAACUUCUGCCCCACUUCCUGCACCCCCCAGGAAAAUCAAAGAUUGUGACCCACAAAUGCAAAAGGGAGAACGUUGGAGAGUUGGAAUUUCUGGCCUUAGUUGAUCCUUUUGCCCCCUGGAUUGCAGGGGUGUCCCAGCAGGCCAAAGUGCUGGAAUGCUGAGGAAUAUUGGAUUGUUCCCAAGCGAUGUAGAAAGUUAAAUGCAGCCAAACAGAAGAGUUAAAACUUAAUAUUGAAGUUCAGAUCAUAUUGAUCUUUCCUUUUUUUGUUUUCUUUUUUCUUUUUAACUAUGACUUGAAUCAGUUUUGAUUCUAUUUGUACGUGUUUUCUUGUUCUUAGAAAGCUGCCAUUUUCUUUUUUUUUUCCUUUUUUUUUUUUUUUGCAUUUUCUUUGGCAUUACAUAGAAAAUCUGAGCCUUGGUUUCAACCCUCUGCAGGUGAUUGUAGGGUUCGAGAUGGCUGAUUUUUGUUUUUUUGUUUUUUGUUUUGUUUUGUUCUGUUCUUACAUUUCACUUGUCUUGUUGCAUGAUGGUUAAUAGCUGAUUUGGAAAUGACAUUUCUCUCCUAGAUUAAUUUUUGUGUUUGUAAGAUGUGCAUAUUGCUUUGCAGAAUAAAAACCAUGAAGUUUA